AUGCCAAAAGCAAAAGCCCCUGGAGGGAAAAAGAAGAAAGCUCCAGCAGCAGCAACAGCAGCAAGUGCCAGCACCAAAAAGAUCAAAUUCAUGACCCGCAAAGAGGCCAACUUUUUGUUGAUGGAAAGCGAAUUGAAGGUUCAAAACGCCCAAAAACAUUUGGCCACGGCCCGGGACAUUUGUGACCGCGCUGGACUGAGUGUGGAUAGUCCAAUUGUGGUCGUAGAAGGCCCCGAGACGACUGGAGGACAUUCCAAUACGGAUCACAUGGUCAUUCGAACCGGCAACGAACGCCAAGAUCGGAUUGCCGAACUCAAGCGUGCGUUGCUCCGAAGAGCCAGGGCCAUGCAACCCGAACAUCGAGGAGAAGAUCGAUGGGAUAAGCCUCGAAUUCCAGGAGAACGACGCCGUAGGAUUUUCAGGGAACGAGACCGUCCAGAGGCACCUCCAGAACCACCUCACACGGGGUUUGUGGUCUUUGUGGGACAAAUGACAGUCAAGAUGCGGCAUGAUCGGCCCGAUCAACCGCAUGACCAAUCAAGAGUGGUUUCGGAAAUUGCCAAAAUUUGGAGAGUCAGCAUGAGUGAAGAAGAAAGGGCGUAUUACAAUCAAUUUGCAACCGAAGCCAGGAAUGAGUUCGAUAAGCAAGUGGUGGAGUAUAGGGCCACGGGCAGUUUUCGGCCCAGUCAUUCGUUUUCCAGGCUCGAGGGAACCAACAUUUGGAUUCGCAAGCAUUUUCAAAAUGGAUUGGAGAAGGAAAUUAGUCAGUACCCCACGGCUCAGUUUCCCAAGCGACCAGCAGCAUUUGAUGAAGCCUACAAUCAAAGAGAAGAGCGAAGUGUACUACGGCGAAAACUCAAACUAAAGGGACUCGUCAAUAACGAUGGUACUCUCAAGAAUGGACUCGAUUUUGAAGAACUCUUGCAAAUCGAACGGGAAAAGAACCAGCAGCAACAGGAGGGCAGCGAGGCAAGCGGAAAUAGUGGUGGUGACAUGGAUGAGACGACUGGAAAUGAAAAUUCGGAGGAUAUGAUAAUGGCGGGGGAUGAUGCCAUUGGAAUGGAUGGAAAUAUAGUGGCUGUUUAG